AUGGAAUUUGCUGGCACCUCAAAGGCUGAUCACCAAGAAGAACCACUGAUCAAUGCUCCAGAGAGUGUACUUGACGCUCACAGGAAGUUGUUGCUGACCUUAAGUAAUUUAACUUAUUGCAAAGAUCAACUCCCCCCUGGACUUUACAACAAGUACAAAUAUACCUGGUUACAGUCUAGGGCAACAAUCGGAUAA